AUGCGGCCAGCUCGAGACAACGCAUCAGGUGCGAGUAGCCUGCGGGUUCCUGCCGACUUGGCGCGGAGCACUUUGGCAAGCCUGCCCUUCCCGCCUGACCCGCUGGCCCACCGGCCCCCGAGCGCCCCUCCGACGGAGUCCCCAGGCCUUUUCACCGUGGCCGCUCCAGCCCCGGGAGCGCCUUCUCCUCCCGCCACUCUGGCGCACCUUCUUCCCGCCCCGGCCAUGUACAGCCUGCUGGAGACCGAGCUCAAGAACCCCGUGGGGCCACCCACCCCAGCGGCAGGCGCAGGCGGCCCCGCAGCCCCCAGCGGCGCAGGCAAGAGUAGUGCGAACGCAGCCGGCGGCGCGAACGCAGGCGGCGGCAACGGUGGGGCCUCGAGUGGCGGGGGCGGGGGCAGCGACCAGGACCGCGUGAAGCGGCCCAUGAACGCCUUCAUGGUGUGGUCCCGUGGGCAGCGGCGCAAGAUGGCCCUGGAGAACCCCAAGAUGCACAACUCCGAGAUCAGCAAGCGCUUGGGCGCCGACUGGAAACUGCUGACCGACGCCGAGAAGCGGCCGUUCAUCGACGAGGCCAAGCGACUGCGCGCGGUACACAUGAAAGAGUACCCGGACUACAAGUACCGGCCGCGCCGCAAGACCAAGACACUGCUCAAGAAGGACAAGUACUCCCUGCCCGGCGGCCUGCUGCCCCCGGGCGCUGCCGCCGCCGCUGCUGCCGCCGCCGCCGCCGCCGCCGCCAGCAGCCCGGUGGGCGUGGGCCAGCGCCUGGACACGUACACACACGUGAACGGCUGGGCCAACGGCGCGUACUCGCUGGUGCAGGAGCAGCUGGGCUACGCGCAGCCCGCUACUAUGAGCAGCCCGCCGCCGCCGCCUGCGCUGCCGCAGAUGCACCGCUACGACAUGGCCGGCCUGCAGUACAGCCCCAUGAUGCCGCCCGGCGCCCAGAGCUACAUGAACGCCGCCGCCGCCGCCGCCGCCGCCUCGGGCUACGGGGGCAUGGCGCCCUCGGCCGCCGCUGCCGCGGCCGCCGCCUACGGGCAGCAGCCCGCCACCGCCGCCGCCGCGGCCGCCGCGGCCGCCGCCAUGAGCCUGGGCCCCAUGGGCACGGUGGUGAAGACCGAACCCAGCUCGCCGCCGCCCGCCAUCACAUCGCACUCGCAGCGUGCGUGCCUCGGCGACCUGCGCGACAUGAUCAGCAUGUACCUGCCACCCGGCGGGGACGCGGCUGACGCCGCUUCACCGCUGCCCGGCGGCCGCCUGCACAGCGUACACCAGCACUACCAGGGCGCUGGGACUGCCGUCAACGGAACGGUGCCGCUGACCCACAUCUGA